AUGCCAAAUAGUGAGCUUGCCUAUAAGCCCAUCGACAGGCAGAAUGCCAAAGAAAAAGGGAUGAUCGCUUGGAUCGCUCAGGGUUUGGAGAAAGUCGUUCCGAAGCCUGAACUGAACAAGAAGGAAACAGCAGCAGAAGCAGCAGCAGCAGCAGCUGAGCCGCCGGCCGAGGUGCGUCCGACAGCAGUGGCUGAUAAAGCUGCAGAGCCGCCGGCCGCUGUCGUGGCAGAGAAAUCAGUCCAACAGGACAAAACUGACACCAAUCCACCGCCACCGCCACCCAGGAUGAUAGACUGGAUCAAACAGGGGAUAGAGAAGGUGGUUCCUCAGCCGGAGCUUCCUGUUCGCUCAAAGACAGAAGUCAGCGAGAAGACUGAAGCUCCUGCUGCGCCUAAAGCCGAGACUCCGGCACCAAAACCUGCUCCGGUACCAAAACCUGCUCCGGCACCAGAACCUCCUCCAGCCCCGAAACCUGCCCCGAAACCUGCCGACGACACAGAGAAGUCUCCCAAAGAAGCAGAGCCGCAGCCCAAUAUGAUGGGAUGGAUCGUCAGUGAGAUCGGUCGUAUGUUACCUCAGCCUGUACAGAAGCAGGACUCGAGCAGCGAUGAGGUGCAGAACAUCAGCAUUGUACAGAAGAAAACAGACCUGGUGCUGGAGGACAUCGGACAGGAAGAGGUCAAGGAGGAGGAGGAGAAGGAGAAGGAGAAAGGAGAUGCAGAGACCCAGAUGGAUCAGAGUGCUCCACUGAUGGUCAGCAUCAAGGAGGAGGUUGGAGAGGCCGUUCUGGCUCAAAUGGAGGAAAGACUGCAGCAGGGUCGUCUGGAGGCUGCCCGAAUUGCAGAGGAGAUGGCCAGGAAGGCAGCAGAGGAGGCGGUCCGACAGCUGGAGGUGGAGCAUUCGGCUAAGAUAGUCAUAGAAACGCUGCCAGAGUCCAACAAGCAACUGCCCAACAUCCUGGAGGAGGAAAACGAAGAUGACCCAGAGUUGCAGAACCUGCAGGAGGACAGUGACGACAGCACAGACAAUAAGUGUCCUGAAGAAAUUAAGAAAACAGCUGUGGAGGAAGAGAAUAAACCUGAUAAGACCAUGAUGGACGUCUGUCCGAUUGAAGACGAGGCCUCUCCUUCAUCAACAGAUGUGGAACCAGCAUCCGAGAGGAGAGACCUGGAGAGUCCGGUCUCCCAAACCAUCACCCAGCAACCAGAGUCACAAGCUGAGGCACCACCAACCUCCACUACCACCACGGAUCAGGCCGCUGCAGCAGAGGGUGAAUGUAGAGUUCCCGACAUUUGUUCUUCGAUUACGAGCUUUCUGCUUCGCUUCCCACGCGUUGCCGAGUGUCUGCAGAGCUGCAGGAGGUUGAUGCAUGAGCAUGACCUUACCCCGUCCAAACUGUCCAUGCCAACUCCACCUCCGGAGCUCGCCCAGCUGACCCAGGAGCUGUCUCAGUUCCCCAAGCAGGCGCGCCAAUGCUGCAUGAGCAUCGCCGGCCGCUUCACACGCCUUACCGCCACCUCCCAGCAGCCUCAGCAGCCUUCCUUCACCCUCCCCAUCAUCACUCCCAUCAUGAUCCACAGCUCCACACUGCUUCACCAUCAGCUGCCAGCUCGCCAUCCCGCAGCUCCGGUGCUGAGGGUGGAGGACGUGGAGCAGGAAAAAGGCCUGAACAUCCCCAAAAUUAUCACCACCUCAGAACCAGAGUUUAGAUCUCUGAGUGUCCCCAACGUCCUGCUGUCAAAGCUCAGUCCCUCAGGUGACCUGUCUGCAGACGAGGAUGAUGAUGAGCCGUCGAAGAGCGGCCUGAAGACCUGGUCCAGUCAGGGAGACCUGCUGACUGCAGACAAUGAGAUCCGCCCUCUGUCAGCAGCCAGUGUCGGCAGCGUCGUGAUCCAGGACCGUCUCAGCGACCUUGUCAGGAUGUUUAGAGGUCGAACGGAGCGUCAGAAAGAGCGGCUGGUGGACCCGGACGAGUCUGAGGAGGAGAGUCCUUCAGCCUCCCCGAGCAAACCUCCACCUCCUCCUCCUCCUCCACCAGAGGAGAAGAAGGAUGACACCCCUGCAGCAGCAGAAGAAGAAGAAGACGAGAAGGAGUAUGUGCUCCCUUUUGAACUUCUGGGACGUCCAGUGAAAAUUCCCAAACUGCCCAAACUUCCCCCAAUGCCCGACUGGCUCCGAGUCAUCCUUGAGUACCGCUUCCCCUCCAGCAUCGACCCGUUUGGUGAUCUGAUCUACGUGCUCUGGCUCUUCUGUGUGGUGGCAGCGUGGAACUGGAAUGUGUGGUUGAUCCCCGUCCGCUGGGCGUUUCCGUACCAAACCCCCGAGAACAUCCACCUGUGGCUGCUGAUGGACUACACCUGCGACCUCAUCUACAUCACUGACAUCCUCGUCUUCCAGCCCAGACUGCAGUUCGUCCGUGGAGGAGACAUCGUGUGUGAUAAAAAGGACAUGAGAGAAAACUACAUGACCACCGAGAGGUUUAAGAUGGACAUCAUCAGCCUGUUUCCUAUGGAGAUAUUUUACUAUUUCACUGGAGUGAACUCUCUGCUGAGAUUCCCUCGUCUGCUGAAGUACAUGGUGUUCUCUGAGUUCAACGACAGAAUGGAGGCUGUGAUGAAGAAGGCGUACAUCUACAGGGUGAUCCGAACCUCCACCUACCUGCUGUACUCUCUGCACAUCAACGCCUGUCUCUUUUACUGGGGCUCAGACUACGAAGGACUCGGAUCCACCAAGUGGGUUUACAAUGGAAAAGGCAACGCUUAUAUCCGCUGUUACUAUUUUGCCGUGAAGACGCUGAUCACCAUCGGAGGGCUGCCGGACCCCACCACUGUCUUUGAGAUCUGCUUCCAGCUCAUUAACUACUUUGUUGGCGUCUUUGCGUUCUCCAUCAUGAUCGGUCAGAUGAGAGACGUGUUCGGAGCUGCGACGGCCGGUGAGAACUACUACCGAGCCUGCAUGGACAGCACCAUCAAGUACAUGACCUCCUACAACAUCCCGCGAGAGGUCCAGAACCGCAUCAAGACCUGGUACGACUACACCUGGAAGAGCCAGGGCAUGCUGGAUGAACAGGAGCUGCUGGUGCAACUUCCUGCCAAGAUGAGGCUCGACAUCGCUGUGGACGUCAACUACUCCAUCGUCAGUAAAGUCGCCCUGUUUCAGGGCUGUGACCGACAGAUGGUGUUCGACAUGCUGACGAGGCUCAAAUCUGUGGUGUACCUGCCCGGAGACUUUGUCUGUAAAAAGGGGGAGAUCGGCAGGGAGAUGUACAUCAUUAAACAGGGGGAGGUUCAGGUGGUGGGCGGUCCCGACCUGCAGACGGUGUUCGUCACCAUCAGAGCCGGCUCGGUGUUCGGAGAGAUCAGUUUGCUGGCGGGAGGCGGAGGGAAUCGACGUACAGCUAACGUGAAGGCGCACGGAUUCGCCAACCUCUUCAUCCUGGAUAAGAAGGACCUGGCAGAGAUCUUGGUGCACUACCCCGAGUCCCAGAAACUCCUCCGCAAGAAGGCCAAGACGAUGCUGACGAAGGAUAAGAAGCCAGAUGAGAAGGCAGCAGGUAAAGAGGCGGUGCAGGUGAUCCCGCCCCGACCGGACACCCCUGAGAUGUUCAAGGCAGCGCUGAAGGUGACGGAGCAGGUGGGAAUAGAGGGCGUCUUCUCCAAACUGAAGACAAGCUACAAACCGUCUGAGAGCUCAGCAGAGGUUCUUCCCUCCAUCUCUCCGGUGCCCCCUCCCUCUCCGAUGCACCGCCGCUCUCCGGUCCCUCUCACCGCGGUUCAGGACGAUGAUGACGCCGUGUCGGAGACGGCCGACAGUUCGGUGAUCAUCAGGAUGACGCCGCGACCACAGGGGGAGGAGGUGCUGACCGUGGAGGUGGCGCCUGGGGACUGAGAGGAGGAGAAGAAGGAGUGAGGAGACAGGAAGCUGUCGUCCUCUCAGGAUUCAGUCGGCUUCCCAGAAUGCCUUUCAGCAGCCUCCGCAGAAGAGACGUGGGUUUCAGGUGGAGGUGGAGAGAAACACGACGGACCCCAGAGCAUCAUGGUCCCUGUCCUCCUCCUGCCAGCUCUGUUUCUUCUUCUCUGGUGGAUUCUCCACACGUCCUCGUCCUCCUGGUGUUAGACACAUUUUAAAUCUGUGCAGAAGAAGAACUCUGAGAACAGUCACACACAUGAUGUCAUCUCAAUAUAUUCAAAUGUUCCUCCUCUCUGGGUGCUUCUCAUUCGCUUUUUACUUGUCUCCUUGUUUCCUUCGCUUGUUUCUUUUCCUCAUGUCCCUCUGAAGGCCGUGAGGACGGACGCAGGAGGAAACAGGAAGUAGUGACCUGAGACGUCAGCUGUCAGUCGGCUUUAACUCGUCUGUGAUGAACUGUACUGCAGAUAUUUAGAGAGGAUAAACUGCUGCUGUAAAGUUAUCGUACGACACGUAGAUCCAGUCAGACGAUCUGAUUGGUUAACUAGACAUUGAGAGCGUGCUCAGAUCAGCGUGAACGCAGCUGAAUAUAAAACCAGUCGGAUGGUUUCGUUGUUGAAUUUGAUUAAAAUCAUCUUUAAUGAAAAUCAUAUCUGGUGUCGUUAGAUUGCUGUUAGCCGACCUGAUGUUAAAGAACAGACCACAGAGGAAAUGUUUUUAAAAGCUAAACGCAGACGGAUAGAGACUGAAGCAGAAUAUUUUGAUAGACAAAUUAAUUUUGGAAAUGAUUACAAAGAUCUUUUUUCAAUAAAUUUUGACCUCUGACUUCAA